CUGGGGUUUCACAGAGCGAAACAUGGCGAUAUUGGGGCUCUUGUUGUUUUGUAUGUGGAUGGAUAAACGGUACUUCUAGACACCCCAUCUCGUAUCGACACAGCUCGAACGAUAUUUGUGCACUCCGUGUCGGUUCAGCGGGUAUGAGGAGUGCUUUCCUCGGGGGACGAUGCUGAGAUCCACCGGUUUCUUCCGCGGGAUUGACUGUCCGUUUUCCACGGAGAGGAGUGACGGAAGCCGAUGCGAUAGACCGUACUGUCACUUCAGGCACAGUGGGCACAGGAGGGACUCGUGCAGCACCAGCAGUAACCGAGGCGCCAGAGAACCGUUCUCCCAGCACAAGGAGCAAGGCUACCCUUACAACCCAGAGGUUGAGGACCAGCAGAAUGGAGAGCCAGUGUCUGACCCCUUGGCUGGAGUGCUGGAGCUGGAGCUUGUCAACCGAGCCAUUGAGGCUAUGCGCAGUGAGGUUGAGCGUGAGCAGAAGAAACUGUCUCGUAUUGGGGACCAGGAGUAUGAUCCCACCACCAGUAGAAUGCAAGCAGGUGCCAAGAGGCUCAAGGCAUUGGCGGUUGCCUCUCCAUUUGAGUAUGAUCCUGGGAGCUACCAAAUGACCCCAGCUGCCAACUACAAUCCAACGCCCUGCUCCAGCAAGUACACCUUGGACUCAGAUGAGCAAAACAGUUAUGCAAAUGCCCUGGAAUAUGUCCCCACUACUGUUGUCAAGCCAGCCACAAAAAAGCUUCCCCCCUUCUCUCAAACUCCUCCUUCCAGCCCCCCAUCCUUCCCUGCCUCUUCCUCUAAGUACACACUGGACAACUCCAAACCCCCCACAGACCUAGAAUAUGACCCCCUCUCUAACUUCUCAGCACGGCCAGGGAGCAAAAACAGCAGAAGCCCAAAGGAGCCCAGAUCAGUGGGUGUUGUAGGAGCUGGAACUCUGGCCAGUAACAAAAGGCUUCACUCUGCCAUUGUGGAAAAUCAGACAACCGAUGAAGGAUAUGUGCUGUCUCCCAAGAAGUCAAGGCAACAGCCACUGCCACCUGCAGUCAUAGACUGUAAAAAGUAUUCUGCAAGCUUUUCUGAGUCUGACGAUGAGAGCUCUGGAACAGAGUACCGCCCAACCACCAUCAGUCGUCUGAAACAGAAGAGGAUCAGCACAGAGUUAGCAGAAGACCCUUUAAGAAAAGGAUGGGAGACAGGAGAGUUUGCAACAGCUGCUAAGGUAAAGCGACAGCUGAGUUUGGAAGAUAGAGAAGAGAGGUCUGGUUUGUGUGUUGUGGAGGAGUCUGGGAGCAGUGAUGUUGGCUUACCAGAUGACCAAGUGGCAGGGAAAAAGCAAUAUAAAAAUUGUGAAAAGAAAAGCAGCAAAACAUGCAGUGAGCAAAAGGAGUCCUACAAAAAGAGUAGCAGCUUGAAGAAUAAGGGAGGACAUUCCGGAGGUGAUGGGAAAAAAGCCGACACAUUCAAGAAACCAGGCAAAGCAGAAUUUAAAAAGGACGGUAGGAGUGAAGGAGGGAAGGUGGAAGAGAAGGCUCGGGUGAAAGACUGUGAUAAGAACAAGGGAGGUAAGGGUGUGAAGAAGGCCAAGAGUGAUGUAAAGGUUGAAAAAGGAGAGAAGCUGAAAGGGGACCCUGGGUCGAAGGAGAAGGAAGGAGGGGGAGGAACAACUGGCCCUAAAAGGAUCAAGGUGUCUGAUAAGAGUGGAAAGGACCCCUCCAGACUUCGUGACCAGAAGAAUGGGAAACUGGAGAACCAUCGAAUUGGGAAAGACAAGAAAGUCACAGGCCAUUGGACUGAAAGCAGCAAAGAUAAAAAGAUGCAGCCAAAGAGCUGUUUGGAUGGUAAAGUAUGUAAACCUGAGAAGCAGAGGUCUUUGAGUCAUGCCGACCUGUUCGGAGAUGAAAGUCCAGAGGAAGAGGAGCAUGUUGUGAGGAAGUCAGCAGCUGCUUUCAAGAAGAGAAGUUCACUUGAUAAGAGGACAGUCUCUGAAGUCACUAGCUCUUCCUCAGAUGAUGAAAGCAAGUCAGAGGACAGGACCGAUGAUGAGGAUGUAUAUUCAAACCUACAAGGGGACUUGGACUUUGACUCUGAUCCUAUGGAGGAGUGCCUGCGGAUUUUCAAUGAGUCAAAAGAUGUUAAGACUGAGGACAAGGGGAGGCAGGCAAAGCAGCUAACUAAGGAGGCAGAAGAUGAAGAAAACACAGAGAGCACAUUAAGCACCCUCUUCCCUGGACAGAAGAAGAGAGUCUCCCACUUUAUCACCAAAGGAAAUGUUGAACUGACAUCCAAACCUGUUGUGAGGCCUUACCGGAGACCAACGCCACAGGAAAUCUGCUAUCAGCGCAUGCAGAUAGCUCAACAGCAGGCUGCACAGUUGGCUGCAGCUGUCAAGACAUCAGAUGUUCUAGCUGGGCCCAUCUCCAGCUUCAGUGGAGAAAAGAAGAGGGUGGCACACCGCCCCUACCCAGUGUCCUCAGCCGCAAACUCUGGUGCUGCGGCGGGGAAACAGACAGCUGGCCCAUUGUUCUCCCCCAGUCAGGCUGGCCUAGCGAUGCCCUCUGUGAAGAAACAGACAUGUGCUGGUAUCCUUUCCAAAACCACUACCACGGUGCCGCAGAAGAGAGUAGCGCACACACCCACUCUGAAGAGUUCCUCCAUGAAGCGGCCCGUCAUUCCCACAGAGUUUGGCGCUAAAGUGCCAACCAAUGUCCGACAGCGAUACCUCAAUAUUUUCAUUGACGAGUGCCUUAAGUUGUGUCCCUCUGAAGAGAGUGCCUUCCAGAUGGCUCUGGAAGAGGAAAAGGUUGCGUAUGACCGCAGCAGCAGCAGGAACAUCUAUCUGAAUGUGGCCAUUAACACACUGAAGAAGCUACGUAGCAAGAGCAGCUCUUCUGCUCCACCUGUGACCAAGAAGCUUGCUGUGAAUGCCAAUAAGAAGUCUCUGUCACAUGAGGAGGUACUAGGGGGCCGCUUGGCAGCCAAGACCAGUUUUACCAUCAACAGGAUGGGCAAGCAGCAGGAGGAAGAGCUCACAGAUGCCACGCUAUACCGGAAGCUGAAGGCUUAUGUGAUGACAGAGGACCAGUUGCAAGAGCACGGCUACCCCAGACCCCACCCUGAUCGUCCAGGCCGAGCUGUAGUCCAUAACCUGCCAGAAAAGAAGAACACAGACCCCUUCGCCAGAGUCUGCUCCCGCUGUGGGACAGAGUACAAGGUCACGACCAAUGGCAACUGCGUGAGGAAAGAGGAGUGUACGCAUCACUGGGGGCGCCUACGUCGGCAGCGGGUGCCGGGAGGCUGGGAGACCCAGUACAGCUGUUGUUCUGGUGUGGUGGGUUCCCCUGGUUGCCAGGUAGCCAAGCAACAUGUGCAAGAUGGGCGAAAAGAGGCCCUAGAUGGCUAUGUGAAGACUUUCAGCAAGCCGCUGCCUGUAGAUGGAAAUGCUGGUGUCUAUGCCCUAGACUGUGAAAUGUGUUACACAAAGUUGGGACUUGAGCUAACCAGGGUGACGGUCGUCAACUCAGAGCUGAAGGUCAUCUAUGACACGUUUGUCAAGCCCGAGAGCAAAGUGGUGGACUACAACACACGGUUCUCAGGGGUCACGCCGGAGGACUUGGAGAACACCACCAUCACCUUGCGGGAUGUUCAGGCUGUGCUGCUUAGCAUGUUCAAUGCUGACACCAUCCUCAUUGGACACAGCCUGGAGAGUGACCUUUUUGCACUUAAGCUCCUCCACAACACUGUAGUGGACACAGCCAUAGUGUUCCCUCAUCGCCUGGGCUUGCCCUACAAGCGAGCGCUGCGGACCCUUAUGGCAGACUACCUCAAACGCAUCAUACAGGACAAUGUGGAGGGGCACGACUCGAGUGAGGAUGCCUGCGCUUGCAUGGAGCUGAUGAUAUGGAAGAUUCGGGAGGAUGCUAAGCAGGCCACUCAGGAGGAGAUGCUCAAGACCAAGGGCCGACUUGCAGGACUCCUAUAGCUGGGCUGCAUCGAACCUGGAACAGUGGUCGUUUGUCUUCCAGUGUUGCCAAACUCAGUAUGUAUUUCCUUUUUCUAAUGCACCACCAGCUGCUUAUAAUAACAGUUAAAAUGAAAUGCUGUAUACAGAUGAUGUUUUUUCUUAUGUGUUAUUGUUGACUCCUUUUGGUAAAACUAGUUUUAAAAAAUUACUCUGACUGUUACUACAGUGUAAAAAGCGGAAAUACUGUGACAUCUAAACUAACUGUGUAAGAUCUUAACCAAUUUGUAGCAGUAUAUUGCACGUAAUUUAAGGAUUAUGCUGGGAUGGGUUAUUCAAGUAAUUGUCCUAAUUAUGUUCCCCAUGAAAAACAAUUAUAGACAAAAAAAAGCAUAAAAACACAUACUUUAAAAACACAUGCAAACAACAAGGUAACUGUAAUUACCUUUUGAAGGCUGACAUAUAAACUUUUCUUGUUUCACAACGUUAUAUUCCAGGUAUUCCAUGCAGGGCACGGAAGAAAAUUUUACGGCACAGCGCACUGUUACUAAAUUUUACUAAAUAUAAACCGUAUUUUUUGAAAAAUUAAUAUCGUUGGCAAGAAAAAGCUGCACUUUCAAACUAUUAACUCUAAUAUAUCUCUUUUUUUCAGAAAUUUUCUCGAGGGUUAUCAUGU